UUAGUGCAUCGUUAAACAUGGAGACACCAAAAACCAAUUCUCCAAACAAGACAAGAAACGAAGCCAAAGAUCGACUUGACAAAUAUAAGGCUGCAGCAACAUCAAAGGCUCCUGCAGCGAAAGAGAAUACAAAGCCACGAGAAUUCAGACUCCAUACUGGACAAAGAGCUCUCAGACGCGCAAUGUUCAAUUAUUCGGUUGCGACGAAGAUAUAUCUGACAGAGAUACAAAAGAAACAAGUUGAGAGGUUGCACAAGAUUAUUGAAGAGGAAGAGGUUCGGAUGAUGAGAAAGGAGAUGGUUCCAAGAGCCCAAUUGAUGCCUCUAUUUGAUAGACCCUUCUAUCCACAAAGGUCAAAUAGGGCAUUGACAGUUCCAAAGGAGCCAAGUUUCAAGAUGUUGAACAGCAAGUGUUGGAGCUGCAUUUCUGGCGAUGAACUCCACCAUUUUCAACACGCUUAUGACUUUCAAGCCCAUUAACUGAAACCACAUAAUAUCAUAUAAUUCCAGUUAUGCCUUCUUCUUCUUUUCUGUAAUCUUCGAAGACAUGUAGUAGUUGUGUAGAUAAUCUUUUUUCAAUUUUCUCAGUCAAGUUUGUGUAUGUGUGUACCUGUAACCUUUUGUCAUAGUUAAAGAAAUAAUGAGUGAAAAUUAGUGCAAUUUUAUGCUUCUA